AGGGUCUCAAGUCCAUAUCUAUUGUUAUCGCUUCGUUGUACACAUUGACAUCAUCUCUUCUAGGUAUCAUCAUCAUGAACUCCAUACUAAUGCAAGGUUUAAAGCCCCUUCGGUUUCUGACCGAGUCCACCCCAGGUUCAGUUUUCAGUCGGCUGGCAUCCGGCUUCAGAGCAUUCCCUGAGCCACCUGCUCCUGGCGUUCCUGCCACACAUUCUUACCCGAGCACGAGCAUACCGUUUUGUCGUUGUCCCAGACCCCAGCGCUUCGAGCAAUCACCCCAACCAAGGUAUUGGAAUCCUCGCGUCGAAAAGGCCCUUCCGUGCUCUUGGACACCACCAUACUGCGUCCAAUCAGCUCCCAGAUUGCUACCGGUCGAUCCAAGAACACAUUGCCUCGUCCCUUUGCGUCCACUUCCACGCUUCCAAAGAUCCCACGUGGCUCCUUCUGUGCAUUGGCGCCCUGGAGCUUUGCCUUGACCGCCUCCCAGAUGCCGCCCGUGGACUCAGCCCCCUUGGAGAUGUCUCCUGCCUCUCGUACAGUCGCCCAGUACUUACCCGGCGCCAGUCCGUUGAUCGUCAGAUCAACCAGCGUCAUAUUUGAUGAUACCUGAACCAUGCGCGCCAGCCCUCGGAUCUUAUUGGGGACGGAAGUUGCGUGUGUUUCAAGAAUGCAGACC